AUGGAGAAGAUAAAGAUGCUAAGCUACAGAAACAAUAGAACUACAACACCUAAGAUCCAUAUAUCGGCUUUUGAGAAUCACAUGGUGCUUUAUACCAUGACGGAUUCAGUCUGGUACAAAGCCUUCCCACCGACCCUUGAGGGGCUGGCAACGGAGUGGCAUGAGGAUAUUCGAAAAGGUUCUGUAUACUCAUAUAAUCAGCUGAAAAGGAUGUUCAUGGAGCAUUUUAUAACCCUGGUAGACCGAACUAAGAUGACAAAUGAGCUGAUGUCACUAGUUCAGGGGAAGGAUGAACCCUUGAGGGAGUUUAUCACCAGAUUCAACAAGGAGGAAACAACCAUCCCAAAUAUGAGACAAGAGGUAGCGUUGUUGGCGAUGAAGAGCGGUUUGCUACUAGGAUCACCGUUCAGAGCGUACAUGGGACGUAAGAGCCUCAAAAUGCUAGUUGAAGCGCACGAGUUCAUCAAGGCAGACGAGACUGACAGGGCGAUGCUGAGCAGGAAGGCACCAAACGACUCAGUGAAGCGGGCAAAAGUCACCCGGGCAGAAAACGCAGCCUGCGCGGAUCUGCCCAGUAGAGCUAAAGGUCGUAGAGAGGGCGGAUCGAGCUGUCGGGGUGAGAAGUUCAAGCAGCAUGCUAAUCUCCCCAAAAGAAGGGAUGAGGAUAGAACAGGCCGUGACCGCAUAGGAGGUCACAGGAGUCCCGCUGAGGAUAAAGACAAAAAUAGCAAGCUAGAGGGAAAGGUGUAUGUGAUCAGUGGAGGACCAGUACAUGGGGGAACGGUGAACAAGGCACGGACGGACCUGCGGGCAAUGAUACAUCAGAUAAACUAUAAUGAGGAGCGCAGGUGGCCACCUCUUCCCCCGCAGCCGCGAGCCACAUUUGAUGAGUAUGAUCUAGAGGGCAUAAUCUAUCCUCAUGAUGAUCCUCUGGUGGUGAUGAUGAGAAUAGCAAAUUGGGAAGUGGACCGAAUACUGAUAAACGAUGGCAGCUCAGCCAACAUCAUAUACAUCAGCGCAUUCAAAGAACUGAAGUUAGACAGGAAAGAUCCAAAAAGGGUGAGUUAUGAAGUCACCGGGUUUAAUGGGUCUGAAUUGACCCCGGAGGGCAUAAUCGAGCUCUCAGUCUGA